CGGAAGUGGAUGUGAAGCAGCGUGGCCGCGGCUCUGGGGAAGUCUCUGUGUACAGCUCGUGCAGGAGGCUAGGUAUUUCCACACCCGGAUCACUGCCCGGUCCCGCCAGCUGUAUCGUAAUACAAUAAGUUAUGGCUGGAAUUCUCUUUGAAGAUAUUUUUGAUGUGAAGGAUAUUGAUCCUGAAGGACGAAAGUUUGAUCGAGUUUCAAGGCUACACUGUGAAAGUGAGUCCUUUAAGAUGGAUCUGAUCCUUGAUGUGAAUAUACAGGUUUAUCCCGUAGAUCUGGGUGAUAAAUUCCGUUUGGUUAUUGCCAACACCCUGUACGAGGAUGGAACGCUAGAUGACGGCGAAUACAAUCCUAAUGAUGACCGUCCUUCCAGAGCUGACCAGUUUGAAUAUGUUAUGUAUGGAAAAGUUUAUCGGAUAGAAGGAGAUGAAACGUCCACUGAAGCUGCCACUCGUCUGUCUGCAUAUGUAUCAUAUGGUGGUUUGUUAAUGAGACUACAGGGAGAUGCUAAUAACCUGCAUGGGUUUGAGGUCGAUUCCCGCAUUUACCUGAUGAUGAAAAAACUAGCCUUCUGAACCGGAAACAUAAGAGAUGUAGUAUUUUGUGCUUUUCAGAUUCAUUUUACAAUCUGGAUUAGGCACAAUAAGUGGUAGCAUUUUUCCUACUAUGUAUGUUUUUAUGUUUGUAUUUAAUUAAAAUAUAUUUUUUCAAUGUUUUCUAUUUUUUGACACAGAAAAGAACAGGAAAUUGUUCCUAUAAUUUCCAUAAAGAGCCAUGUUUUCAUUCAUAUGAAUUUAAACUUUAAACCCCACCUCAUUCUUAGGUGGACUCUUAUCGAUCAGACCUCCUCGUAUUAAUCUGUAAAGUGUACAUUAUAAGACAUUAAUAAAUGAAAACGUUUUUAUCACAUGCAAA